AUGAGCGGACCAGGGAGCGAAGCGGGGAGGCAAGUGCCCUCGACAGGCUCUGCGAGGCACCGGCAAGCAUCGGCACCGCCGCGGGUUCGAGGCGCAGACUCUGCAGAUAGCGGACAACAACCGCUUGCCCUGCGCGCAGUUUCGUCGAACGCUUCAUUUGCCUCUUUGAACUGCCGGCGGCAGCCAUUUCGAGGCCCGGCUUCGCCGUCUGGAAAUCUGGGUUUUUUCACUCAUCCACCGGGUCAAACUCCGACGUUCAUACCUUACUUUUCGCCGCCUGGCACGCCCUCGCCUCCGUCGUUUAGCCGCGGGUCUCGGCCAAAUGCUCAUACACCGUCUCCGGGAUCCGGGCAUUCCGACGGCGGUCCGUCAUGUGGACAUGCCUGGACAGGGAAAACUGCCAAGCUCGAAGAAGGCGUACUUGGUUACGCCAGCAGUGUCCCUGCACCUAGAAAGUUCGUCCCAAACCUUAGCAAGAGUGGGGCGGUGCUUGGGGUGAAGACAGAAGAGAAACCGACUGCGGCUUUCGACUGCAGCAAGGGCAACCUAAGUGCCAUGGUUCUCCGCUCUCUUCAGACGGGGGAAACGAAGAAAGUGGCACAGGGAAAGUUUGAACCCGGGGGGCGACGCGGCGCGCCUGCUUUUGGCUCACCUCCGGAUUCGUGCGACGGCACCGCAGCGUCACCCAUCGGCUUUGAAGGUGGCAGACGCCCUCUGCAUUUGGCGUCUCCCGCAGCUAUUCGGGAAAGCAAUCUGCGAUUGAUGUACCAGCACCAGUUGUUUUCCAAGGACGGGAAGAAGGCAGACUGCAAGAAGUCCCGGCGUCUCAUGGAACUGUCCUGGAUUGGCAUGCAAGAAGACGACGAGGAUGCCCUUUCUGGGGGCACUUCGGGGUGCUACACUCCCAUCAGUCUUCCCUUUGUUGUCAGAGAAGGAGACGGGGGUAUCGAAGGGGUUGCACACCAGAGAAGCGUGAGUGACACAAGUUCUAUGAGCAUGGAAACCGCGACUGCGCGAGGAGCUGAAAGUCGCCGAAAACGGCCGUCUGCCCGUCAUGUGGAAGAAGCGAACCGCUUCGCCGCGGGUCUUCUUCUGGUGGGCAACAAAGGAGAAGAAAGAGGCGAGAGGGGCGGCGACACGUGGGAUUUGGCUGACGGCGAGGAUGGUAGUGGCACGGAUUUUCUGCACAUCUGUUUUCCAUCCCUGUUCCCUCCGAUGGACCGGCAGGCCAUGAACGAGGCGCGUCAGGCUCGAGCUGCUGAGCGGGAAGCCCGAAGGUGCAACACCCGUGGCGCCAGAGAUGGUGACGCCUCUGAGUGUGGGAGUCAAAAUGCAACCAAGGACAGUGCAACCCAAGGAGCGAAAGCGGGCGUCCGCAGUGGGGCACCUGGAAAUGGGAAAAAAUCAAGCAAAACAAGCCAGCCUGCGAAGCCGGUGGGGCCGUCUCCACCACUGCCGCUUGCCUCGCUUCCGGAUGGACGAAUUGGGAAAUUGCUUCUGCACCGAAGUGGGCGUGUGGAGCUCCGCCUUCUAAGUGCCAUGGCGCACAAGUCUGGUUGCAGCUUAGCAUCCAAAAGCGACUGUGGGAGUGGCUCUUCGGCAGACAUGCAGGAUGACGAAAGAGGAAAAGGACUGGGAGGAACGCUCACGAAGAAUAAGUCAAAUGAAGAACCAGGCAUGUGCUUUGAAGUCAAUAUUGGAUCGGAAUGCACUUUCGCUCAGGAGGUUGGGUGUUUGGUAGAAGACACGUCAGAAUUCCUGUUUUUAGGGAAGUGCAACAAGCGCAUGGUGAUCGCCCCAGACGUGCAGCGAUGUCUCCGGCCCGUCACCGCCUGCGAAACACUGUAG